AUGGCGAGCGCCUCAAUCUCCUCUCUGUUCCUUGCGCCACCCGUAUUCCCCUGCCAGAUCGCCGGCCGCCCCACCCUCGCGCCCACGAGUCCCCCCGGCCGCCUAGCCCCCGCCCCCAGAAUCCGUUCCUCGACGCGCUUCGCGUGUGCCCGCUGCGAGGCCGCCCUCGUCCCGGCGUGGCGGGUCCGCGCGCCGCCCCGUCGCCGGAACGUGCUGCGCGACAAGGCCUCGCCGCCGCUGGUGGUUCGCCCUCCCAGCCACGAGGCCCUCCAUUCUCGUCACCAGUCGGACAAGGACCGCCCUCCUCUGGUUGGUCGUACUGGAGAACCGCAGCCUGCUUCGUCCGAUGAUCACGCGUUACCGGAUCCUGAGGAGAAAUCGGACAUUUCUGUUUGUCUAGAUGCUGGUCCAAGUGGGAAUGCAGUGGCUGAGUCCAACUUGGAUGGUCAGAAGGAUUUGGAUUGGGAUGCGGAGGAGAGCCAUUUCUGCGGCAAUGGGACUGGUCCCGUAUUCAGUGUAUAUGAAGACCCAGACGGCAAUGCAGUGCACGUUGAGGUGAAUGAGGAUGAGAUCUUUAGCAGGUGUGCGAGUGCCGAUGGAGAAGGGAGUGGUGAUUUGCAGUCCAUAUUAUCUCGUACAAGAGUAAUGGCUGAGCAGUUUGAAAGUGCCAAACGUGAGGUUCCAAAGAAUAGCUCACUGUUUCGGUUUGUUGCCGCUGAGAAGAAGAAAUCGUGUGUUGCCGAUACUGAUGCUUCAGUUGUGCAGACAAACGGGACUCCUUCGAGGGCUGUCGCAUGGGGUGGUUUUGCAGCAUUUUGUGGUGUGUGCAUCGUAUUGAUCGCGUCCAAGUUGAUUUGGAGGAACAUCAAGGUACAUUUUUCUAGUAAGUUGUUCCAUGCACUUAGACCAGGGAUGAAAGCUGGUCAAUUGGACAAGGGUAACAUCAAGGUAAUCAGUAAUGCACAUAAGUUUCCAGGAGAUUUACUGGUAAGACCGCAGUUAGAGAGGAGGGAAUUGAUGAACAACCUCAAAAAAGCCAAAAUGUCAAGAGAGCGGUUUUCUUUCAGAAAUAUAUUUAGCUGCAGUACUGUUGCAAAUGAUGACAUUGCAAGAAUAACUGAGAUCAGAAGAAUGGUGACUGAUGUUCACACUCUAGAAGAAGGAAACCUUAGAAGAAGCAAAGGGGGAAACGAUAAUUCUGUUGUAUUUCCGCACCCAGUAGUUGCCACCGAGGAAACAAUCUCAGCAAGUUAUGUUGGACAAUCCAUAUAUGUUGAUGACGUAUCAGAGUUAGUCAGUAGUGAAUUACCUAAUAUUAGUUCGUCCAAUGGUAUUACUGAGGAAAGUGUCAAGCAGCCUGUGGAUUUUAAAAACGGAGCACCAAUCAUAGACAUAAGUGUAAAAAACCAGUAUGUCAUUGGAGCAUUUGAGCAGCCUGAGUACAGGUAUAAUGACGAGAGCACAGCUGAUGCAAAGGAUAGAACUUCUUUCAUACAUGCAACAGAAAAAGAACUACAUAUUUGUUCUGCAGAUGAUCAUAAUGUGAGUCCUAAUACCAUCAAUACCCCAUCACCUGAGUUUGAAAGAAAAGAACAGUUUGCUGAGGUAACUGCAAGUAUUCAAGGAUUAGAACCAUCUGAGCUGUUCAGUAGUGACGAACAGAUGAUUCGUAUAAAUGAUAGUGCUCAUCAGACCAUCAAUAAUGUUGUCCCAGAAACAACUGAUGUUUUUUCACCUAAUUGCUUUAAUAUUUCAUCAUCUGGGUUGAAAUACAAGGGAGCAUCCCUAGCCAAUAGUGAAAAUGAUAUCAAUUGCAUGCAAGAAACUGAAGCACCGACGACCUUUGCAAAUGAUGCUCAGACGGCUAACUGUGAAGACUUUGCUCAUUGUGUAAGAAUAAUAGGUACAGAAGCAGGCAAAGAUCUACUAAUGACCGAUAUAUCCACUAUGAAAUCACCUCAGCUAAUCAGCAAAGAGCCUGUGGAUUUGACGACAGAUAACAUGCAAUCUAUGCAAGAACCAGAACCAUCCAACCAUGAUGACAAACAGAUAAGUUAUGCAAAUGUGAGGAGCCAUAAGAUAGACAUAGUACACAAUGAGACAAGGACUAGUUUAGAAACAGUUCCACUAUAUGCCCUACAAGAAGAAACAGUUCAACACAAAGGUGCAGAAGUUGAAAUUUUGGAGAAGCAAGUGAAAAUCACGUCCUCAAACAAAGAAGCCAGAGCGUAUCUGAAAAAAGAUAAAGCGAAACUACAGAAAGAAAUGUGCAGUGAUAAGCUACCUGGAACAAAGUUGUCAGCAGAAGGUGUACCUGGAACUGGCAUUGUGGUUGAUCCAUCAAAUGGUGUACAGAAAACUAAAAAAGUGGCACGCAAACGGCUGAAGAAAGUGCAAAUCAAUCAGGGAGUUGCAGAAAUAGUCGCAGAACAAGAUGUCGUUCACAAUAGCAGCAUGGUUGAUCAGGUAAACAGUAGCCAGAAUGUUAAAAGGACAAGAAGAGGAAACCAGACAAAUGCAUUUCGCACCCAAGGAUCUCAAACAAGAGAAGAAAUUCCAGAAACAGCUCUCAUGGCAAGUUUACCUGAUGAUGCACCAAGAUCUGAAAACAUGAAGCCUCUUGGUGACGCAGAUUCGUCUGCUGGAGCACUAUCUUCAAAGGAUGUUCUUAUGGAAUCUCAGCCAAGUAGGUUCAGUGCCCGUAGGACGAGGAAGGAAGAGUUAAAACUCAACUGUCAGACUUCCGAAAGGGUGGAGGCAGCCACAACAGAAACUAAAACCAACAUGCAUGACUAUAAUGUCAUGCAUGAGGGAUCAACUGAUUUCAACAAGUCAAAGACGAAGAUGGGUGUAGCUGCUGCCAAGAAGUCCACAAAGAGAAAAUCAUUAUCGAAGCGUACCAAGCCAAGUAAUGCAGUAUCAAAUAAAGACUCAAAGGAACCCACUGGUGACUGA